GCCUCGCUCUCGCUUCGAUUUGCUCUUGCUCAGUUGUCACGCAGCUGCUGUCUCUGUCUGCAAGGGCACGCGUUUUGUUGGUUAGAUAUUCACAAUGGAACAUUUCAUUGAAGUUGUGAAGGGCAAUCCAGUUUUGUAUGAUACCAGUCACGAAGAUUACAAAAAAUUGAGAUUAAAAGACGCUAUUUGGGAACAAAUUGCGAAAGAAUUUAACCUUGAAAGUGGUGAAGCGGCCAAGGAGCAAUGGAAAAAAGUGAGGGAUUGUCACCGUGAUGCACUCAAAAGACAAGAGAAAAAGAAGAGAGGAGCGUUGCCUGGGGCUUCUGGCAUUCGUCCUUGGGUCUACCAGAAGAAAAUGGAGUUCCUUGUGCCGUUCAUGACGAACAGGUCGCCCGGCUUGGUUGCUGCAGUGGCCGAUUACACCUCUGAUGGAGAUGACAAAGUCGAGUUCCUCGAGGAAAUCGAAAUUGAACCUGACCAGACCAGUCUGGAAGAGGAUGAGAUUGAAUCGCGACCAUCAAGUUUGCCAACACCCAGUAAAAAGUCGAAAACUUCCGGUGUCAACGACUUGAUCGUAAAAACGUUGAAAAACCUCGAAAAAAGGGCAGAAGCAAGGGACAGUAUGCGGUCGGCCAUUGCUGACAAUCUUUCAUCCCAGAAGCCUGUUGGCAAGAAUGAUCCUCUCUAUAACUUUUUCCUAUGUAUGUACCAAUCUACUAGGCAGUUACCUUUGUCCAAUCAAUUAUCAGUGCGAAGGAAAAUUUUCGAAGUGGUUUCAAAAGAAGAAGAAAUAAUAAUGCUUUCUGACUCUACUGCUAAGCAAGGUACCUGAAUUUAAUUCCCACGUAUUGCUGGUACAGCAGGAUCAGAAACUAAUUACAAGCGCGGAAUUGAAUGGAAAGCACUCGAUGCUUUUCUUGACAAGUGCUUAAUAUAAACAGUAUAUUCCAGUUGAAGUUUGUGAUAGAUAGACGUGAGUGCUCGUCGUGAGUGUAGACUUUCGUUUUCAAAUGAACAAUUUUGAUUUGCACUUGAAUUUUUUAUUGCGGAAGACGCCCACAUAAGCUUCUAGCUUGUGCGCGUGUAAUUGAAAGUGUGUGGGUGAUUGAUGAGAUGAUCAAACGUCCAUUUCUAACCGCAGGAUUCGAAUCUACUACCAGAUAACAGACUGAAGGGUGCAACGCCUUCUCGGCUAAACUUGCCGGCAAUUUAUUUGAAAUUAAGCGGAUAUGAUCGAAUGCUUGAAACUACGAUUUCAUUUCUACAAAAGUAUUCAAAUACAAAGCAUCCAACUACAAAGCAUGCAACCUCUGUGAGCUGUUGUUUGAAGUAGGCUAUCUAUUUUUGAUGUAAAAUUCUCAUUUCUCAAUGGUACUUGAUAUAGUGCGUAUAUAAUGUUACUUGAUAUAUAUUUUUAUAUUUCGGAAUUGUUUCAAGUUACUGAGUACCAUGAGUAACUACUUUUAUAAAAUUAUUGGUAACUAAAUUAGAUAUACGAAAUUCGCAUAUUCUAUUUUCACUGUUACACUGUUCAUUACACGCUUAUCUUGGCCAAACCUUUAACCCAGCUAAGUUAGUUUCGUAUUAUAUUGUAUCCAAUUACGCGAAAGUAUACAUCCUCUAAAUAAUUGUUUAAAACGUCUAUUGUAUCCAUUAAAAAACUCUAUAAGUCUACUUUAUCCAUUGACAAGUUUAUUUUUUAAAUGUUGUGUGUUUCUGGGUGUUGCCAGUCCGCUCGCAAACUUUGUAUCUCUACUUGUACAGUUUUAAAAAUUCAAGAUACAAUUUGUUGAAUGAGAAUAUUUGAAACUUUUUCUGCUCAAAAUUCAUAGGUAAUAGAUACAUUGAAUAAUAUGACAAUGUUGCAAGACUACUUGUAUAUUGAACAUGUGUUGUAUGUAAAAACUUGAAUAUGAUGAAUAGUCGAAACUUUGUAGUCUAAUAUUGUUAAAUAGUUUUUCUUCCCAUCCAUUGAUGUUAUUGUAGACAUCGAUCCAAUUAUAGAAAACAGUGAUUAGUUUUAUUUCUAUAAUUUGACAUAUUGACUAAAGUACAGUAUGAUUGCAAAUGUUUAUUUAAAAAACUUGUGUUAUUUAAGUUUCCUCAUAAGACUGACUAUUAAUUGGGCUGUCAUUAAUACAAAUAAACUUGUAUUUUGUGAUUUUGGUAGUAAACUAUUUGAGAUGUAAUAA